UGUUAAAAGGCAGAAAUACAAUAAAGAAAGAAGAGAUUUUUUCUGGGCUUAAGAAGAGAACAAAAGAAAAGACAGAAAGUGCACGUCAGAGUUAGCCGUAGAGUGGUCUCCUUCUUUCAUCGGGUGGAGAGGAUUACAGAGAGGAUUCCCUCUUCUCAUCCAUAUCUCUCUCCUCUUUCUUCUCUCUUUCUCUUUCUUAACAGUUGUAAGAAAUUUGGUCCAGUUCAUUUGUUCUUAUAUGCAUGGUUAUUAUUGGAUUUUCUUGAUUUUAGCAAGACUAUCCAUUGAAAACUUGAAUGAGAAUAGUGCUCUCUCCCUCCUAACUCCUAAGCUUGCUUCUUCUCUUUGUUUUAUAUUUUUUUGGGGUUUGAACAAAAAACAAGACUUGUCUGGUGGGUUGAUGCCAAAGGAAGAAGAAACCACAAGGUAGUUGAAGUUUUUUCAGGUAGAUUUUACCUUGAAGAAGGAAAAACUAAGAAGAAGAUGAUAAAAGGUUUUAUGAAUCAACAAAAUCAACCUGUUGUUGUAGAGGAAAACAUGUCCAAUUUAACAUCUGCAUCUGGUGAAGCAGCAAGUGUAUCUUCUUGCAAUAGAAAUGAUAAUAAUACUACCGGAGGAAUCUAUCCCCCUCAGUAUAACUUUGCUCCUCCAAAUCAACAAAUUCAAGCUCAACAUCAAAUCAAGAAAAAGAGAAACCAACCAGGCAAUCCAGACCCUGGUGCUGAAGUGAUAGCUUUAUCACCAAAGACACUAAUGGCAACCAAUAGAUUUGUUUGUGAAAUCUGCAACAAAGGAUUCCAAAGAGAUCAGAAUUUGCAGCUUCACAGAAGAGGACACAAUUUACCAUGGAAACUGAAGCAGAGAACAAGCAAAGAAAUAAGAAAGAAAGUUUAUGUUUGUCCAGAGCCAAGUUGUGUACACCACGACCCAUCUCGAGCACUUGGAGAUCUCACUGGAAUCAAGAAACACUUUUGCAGAAAACAUGGUGAGAAGAAGUGGAAAUGUGAGAAAUGUUCAAAGAAAUAUGCAGUUCAAUCUGACUGGAAAGCUCACUCUAAAACUUGUGGUACUAAAGAGUAUAGAUGUGAUUGUGGAACUCUUUUCUCAAGGAGGGAUAGUUUCAUCACACACAGAGCAUUUUGUGACGCUUUAGCAGAAGAGAGUGCAAGAGCAAUAACAGGAAAUCCAAUUCUUCCAUCUCAAACUGGUUCAUCUUCUCACUUGAACCUUCAGUUUCAACAAUCUCAGUUUAAUAGCCAUGAAUUUCCAGCUGCAUUUUCAUUGAAGAAAGAGCAACAAACCGGUUUCAACUUGAGGCCUGAGAUUCCGCCGUGGCUAAUGACUUGCCAGCCGUUGGUUGGCGGUGGUGGUCCUGGACCUGGUCCGCCACCACCUCAACCCAUUGACCUAAGCUCGUCGAUUUUCCAAUCCACUAGGUUCGAGCAGGACUACACGCCGAACCACGGCCAAGACUUAAACCCUAACCCUAGUCUUAAUUUCAGUUCAACAGGGUCACUACCCUCUCCGCAUAUUUCUGCAACAGCAUUGCUGCAGAAGGCAGCACAGAUGGGUGCGACUAUGAGUAACAAAUCCAGUACUGUCUCUGCAGCAGCCACAGGCCCGAGCCCAACCAUGCUAAUGAGACCCCACCAAUUUCACGUGUCUGCUGCAGCUGCUGAGUCUGUUAGCAACAACGCAACUGAUUUUGGACUAAAUUUGUCCUCACGUGAAGACCUCACUACUGGGUUUUUCAAUAGCUUAGCUUCAUAUGGGAAUAAAGCUGCUACUAUUACUGCUGCCGCUGUUGCUACAGUCCCUGUAACAGGUCCAUUAACAAGUGCACCAUCUCCCACUUCUUUUAUAAUGACUUCGUUUUCUUCUGCUAAUACUACUGGAUUUGAAGGGUCAAAUUUCGAAGAUGAAUUUGGUGGCAUUGGGAUUUUGAAUUCGAAGAAAGGAAAUGAUGGUAAUGAUGAUAUGACAAAAGAUUUCUUGGGUUUAAGACCUCUUUCUCAUAGCGAUAUUUUCAACAUAGCUGGUCUAGUUAAUACUACGACGAUUGAGAAUCAGUCUCAGAAUCACAAAACAUGGCAAAGUUAAUUCAGAAAUAUCCUUAAGCUAGCACAGAACCAUUUACUUUGCCUAAGCAUAUAUAGUACCGCAGAAUGCAGGUUCUUUCGUCCUUCUCUCUCUUUUUGAAUGCUAAUGGCUGUAAUUGUUAAAUCUGUAUUAUUAUUAUUAUUUUGUUUAUGCUUUUUGAACAGAAUAAAGAGAUAUCUAGAACUGGGAAUGGAAACCCUAGCUAGAUAGUCUCUUUUGUUGUUACCCAGCUGUUAUGGACAGUGACAUCUUUAUACAAAAAAGUGCAUUUUGAAGCACUCGGAUGAGUAAAAUUAAAUUCUUGUUUGAAGGA